AUGGAGACAUCUCAGUCGCUCAUGUUCGAAAAGAAGAGGUCGAUAUUCUCCUUGGACAACGUUCGCCCUCCGGCCCCUCACGUGGCCGACCAGAAACUCCGAGAUAGAGUCCUUAAGCAAAGUUUCUCUCUGGAGAAAGUACCCCAUGACCUCGAUGCGAUCGUGAUCGGGAGCGGGAUCGGAGGAUUAUCCGCAGCCGCUCUCCUCUCCAAGGCCGGGAAGAAAGUCCUCGCUGGUGGAUCCUGCCACACCUUCAUCGAGCAGGGCUACGAGUUUGAGGUUGGAAUCCACAAUGUCGGUGAACUUCGAAAGACAGAACUCAAUCGCAUUCUGCUCGACCAGCUCACUGAGGACCAGCUGGAGUUCGUUCCCAUAGGCCCAGUGUACGAUGUGCUGAAGCUGCGGUACCUGUCUGAGAAGAGUGCAUCCUAUGACUUCUGCUCCCCUAAGGAAAGGUGGAUCAGCAACUUGAAGAAACAAUUUCCAGGGGAAGAGGAAGCCAUUGACAAGUCCGUCAAAGAGAGCACGAGUUCGAUUAUCGUUUUUGGCGUGGUGAAGCUCCUUCCUCUCUGGCUCUCAAAGUUGGUCAUCAAACUGGGCAUCAUCGACUGGUUCACUCCUUACAGCAAAUGGGCUUCACGAUCUGUUCAGAGUGUCGUUGAGGAACUCACAGACAAUGAAGACCUAAGGACGGCCUUCACCUACUUAUGGGCGAUCACCGGAGUUAUCCCUAGUGAAGCUAGCUUCAACAUAAUGGCCCUCUUUCAUCAGCAUUAUUAUCGGGACGUUGUUGACAAGGACAAGCUCACAGAUCUGAACAACUUGAAAAAAAAAAUCUCCAGCGCCGUGUGCGAGAAAAGUGAUGGAAUUGUCAUGGAUGGAGCAAUAAAUGCAAUCGCCACGGCUCAAAAAUAUCUGGAAAUCGGCGUUCGACAUAUUUGGCCAAUUUUUUACGGGACCUACUACCCCCGAGGAGGAGGAUCGGAGAUCCCGUUCCACAUCAUCCCUGUGAUAGAGAAGUCGGGUGGGAAGGUCCUGGUGUGUGCCAACGUUAAGGAAAUCCGCUUGGAUGAAUCAGCGACCAGAGCAGUGGGUGUGGUCGUGGAGAAUGACUCCAAAUCCAUGAAAAUUACUGCCCCGAUUAUCAUCUCCGACGCAAAUGUGACGGUGACUCUAACCAAGCUCUUGCCGGAAAAAGUUGCCAGGCGUACCAUCCAGUACCCGGUGUUGUCCAGAUUGAGACCAAGCGGUCCCUGGAUCGAAGUCUUCCUUGGCCUCAAUGCAUCCAACGAGGAGCUCGAACUGUCUGCAAAAAAUUAUAUCUGUUUCACUGGCAACAACAGCGAGGAGGCACGUGUAAAAGUCCCGCUUCAUUUGAAGUACAAAAGGAAGACCGUCGAUGAAGCCCUGGAUGCUGAACUACCUAAUAUCUUUCUCGACUUCCCCUCUGCAAAGGAUCCUACUCACAAUCAGAGAUAUCCAGGGAAAGCAACAUGCAUCAUCUUCGGUCACGUCGAUUACGAAUGGUUUCGCCCAUGGGAAAACGAGGACUUUUUUCAUCGAGGUGACCGUUACGAGGAGAUGAAGAAGAUCAUCGGCCACCGGCUCAUCGAGCAAGCAUGCAAUCUGUUCCCCCAGAUUCGGGACAAGAUCGAUCUCGUUGUGAUUAGAUCUCCCCUGAGCCACAACCAUUAUCUGGGAAGAACGGCGGGAGACAGUUACAGCUUCUCUUGCAACAUGGAACGAUUCAAACUCGAGACUCAAGCUCUUCUCCGUCCAGAGACCGGCAUCGAAGGACUGUUCCUGUCAGGACAGGACUUGAUGAGCUCCAGCCUGCUAGGAGCGGCGAUCGCAGGAGUCUUCUGCGCGUCCAAGAUCCUUAACCGCAACCUCAUGAGUGAGCUCAGCGGACUCAUGAAGGAGGCGAAGAAGCGAGAAAGUCGCAAUAGGCUUUAGUCCGCAAGGUGAAAGAAGUGCAGCAGUUAUGAACGACCUCCAUGCUUCAUGAAGACUUAUGCUAAUCCUGAAGUUUGUAUUAUCUCCUCUUUCAGUAGGAAAUUAUUUCCCCCAAUUUUCCCGGAUUCUUCUCUUACAAGAACUUUCACAACAUUAACCCGGGUGCAUAUCAUUAUGUAAUUCCACGAUUUUCCCCCGAAAUGUCGGCUGUAUUUAUUCAAUCAAUUGGUUGUUAUACUGAUUGCAUAAUGCCUACGUAGAUAAUAUUCAUAUGUCAAAUCCUUUUUUUUUUAUUGAAUUCGUGCAUGAAAUAAACCUACACUAAUUGACUAUUGUUUUCUGUCAUUUCCUCAAUUUGGUAUGUUUCAAGCAAACUCACUCAGUCAUUUUGCGCAUUACUCGUUACAUU